UCGUGUCGACUUUUGUUUCAGUCAAUGGAUUAAUGAAGUGCACUCACAUCAUUCAACCGGCCCACACACGAACACACACACGUCUAUCGACAACUUAUCGACACAACCACACACACGUAAUACCCGUCCACACCACACACGGCGACCGACCUUCACAACACACGGACGGACACACGCACACCAACCACACCACACACAUGUGGGUAAGCACAUGUGGGUAAGACAAGGCAACACACCACACCACACCACACACGAACCACACACACGUGCACCAUGCACCAUGUCCGAUUCCCAUGCGUGUAUGUGUGCGUGUGUGUGUGUGGCUGGCACAAGUCACGUGGUGGCGCCCAGUGGCACCAGAUUGUUGGGUUGGUUGUGUGGCUCCUUGGUGUGCGUCCGUGUACGUACGUACGGUGGGUAAGUGGGUCGCGAGACUCACGAAUCGGAGUGGCUCAGCGACAUGUCAGUCAGCCAUUCUCUCUUCUCUCUCUGUCUCUCUGUCAUUCGCCCACGGCCAGUCCAUCCGAUGCAUCAGCAGUAGUAGUCCGAGUGUAGUAAGUGAAGUAUGUGUGUGGUGAGAGAGGCAUAUCAGUCAGUCAGAUCACUUCACACGCAUCCCUUCAUCCCCCACCCCUCCCGCCCCCCACCACCACACCCGACAUCCAUGUGGUUGUGGUGUGUUUAUCUCUCGCCGCGGAUGCGCCUGGCGAGUUGGAUGUCCUUGGGCAUGAUGGUGACGCGUUUGGCGUGGAUGGCGCAGAGGUUGGCGUCUUCGAAGAGGCCGACCAUGAAGGCCUCAGUGGCCUCCUGGAGAGCCGCCACGGCCGACGACUGGAAGCGCAGGUCGGUCUUGAAGUCCUGGGCAAUCUCGCGCACCAAACGCUGGAACGGCAGCUUGCGCAGCAGCAGCUCGGUGCUCUUCUGGUACUUGCGGAUCUCGCGCAACGCCACCGUCCCGGGGCGGAAGCGGUGGGGCUUCUUGACACCGCCAGACACGGGGGCCGACUUCUUGGCGGCCUUGGAUGCCAGCUGCUUGCGAGGCGCCUUGCCGCCAGUCGACUUGCGAGCAGUCUGGUGAGUGGGCACACACAACACACAGCACACAGCACACAACACACAGCACACAGCACAACACACAACACACAACACAAAUGUCUCUGUGAACAUCAUGGCCUCUCUCCGUGUCGUCAGGCGAGAGGGCGGGGUGCAUACCUGCUUGGUGCGGGCCAUUUCGACAACGAUCAACGACGAACAAUAGCGAUAGGGAUACUAGCCGAUUACUGAACCGCUCAGAGAGAGAAAGGGCGUUUGCGUCAGGGAGAG